CGAACGAGAUAUUAUUUUUAUUUAAAAGAUAUUACUAAGAAAAGAAAUGUCAAGUUUAAUUUUUUCCGGCACAUUCAUAAUCAAUAUAAUUGUUUUCAAGAAUCAGAACCUUCAAAAAACAUAAGUAUUUCGUUAGAGAAAAAAAGUCCUAUAAUAAUUCUACCUAUUCCUAAGCAAUCUACUCAAAUUUAUAAGGGAGGGCUUCCUCGCGGUGCAGCUUUUUAUGAUAACAACGAACUUCUUGCAGUUUUUGAUGCAUGCGUUUCUACAGGCGAUUUAGAUAGAGGAUAUAUUUUAAUGGAACGUCUUUCAUAUGAAGCUGAGCCGUCUUUUAUUAUCCAAAUUCAUAAUCGAUAUCUACAAGCUUUAGUUGAUAAAACUAAAAAAACAGGUGAUUUUGAAAGUGUCAAUAAAUGCUUUCAUGAUUUAGAAAAAAAAUACAAUAUUAUUGGAGAUGAAACAACAUUUGCUCUUAUGCUAAAAGCAGCGUUAUAUAUUAAAGAUAUAGAAGAAUCUAAAAUCACAAUUAAUGGAUUUAAUAAAUUAUGGCACUUAAAAAAAAAAGAAAACAUAGGAAAAAUAUUUAAUGAGAGUUCUGUUUUAGAUCAUCAAGAAAUACUAAAGAUUUUCAAGAUUAUGAAUAUCAAUUUCUCUGAGCUAAAACAAGAAUAUCGUCAUAUACUAAAAAAAGCAAUAGAUGCUGACAAAGAAGAAAGCACAAAUACUCAUUUAUUUCAUCCUCUUGAAAAUGUUCCAGAGUUGCUUUCUACAUGUGUUUCUGGCCCAGGAUUACAACUACUUAAAAAAACUUUAAGACCAUUAACAGACCCCAAUAUAGAAAUAAAUUAUGACAUUGAAGAUAUUUCCGAGGAUCUCAAUUCUACUUCUUUUAACAUGGCUCGUCAAAGACUACUAGAAAACAACGCAUUAGAUACUGCUUUAGAAAGGUGGAAAUGGGACCAUGAACAAUUAAUACAAAGAGGAGGCUUUAGUUUCAGCAAAACUCUUAAUCCUUUAUUAUUUGAAUGGCAUUCUCUUAUGAUUCCCUUAAUAAAAGAAGAAAUCGAGCGUUGUAAAAAUGCAAUCAAUGAUCUUUCAAAUAAAAAAAAAUUAAAUAAUGAAGGAGUGGACAGAUUAUCAUAUGGGCCUUUUAUUCAGCUUCUUUCACCUGAAAAAUUGGGCACAAUAACUAUUUUGGAAAUCCUUAGACUUCAUUCUACUGGCGGAAUUGCUCAAGGAAUGAGAACUGCAAGAGCAAUUCUCAGUGUAGGGAAAUCUAUAGAAAAAGAAUAUGCAUCAGAACUUCUAAAGAAAAAUAAGAACAUACUUGGGAAAGAUAUUAAUCUUUCUCAAAUUUUUGGAAAUCCUAGACAAUUUCAAAGUGCAUUAUAUAAAACACAAAAUAAUGUUGAUUUUGAGAUAGAUCCAAAAUGGCCUAUGGCUGUUAAAGCAAAAAUUGGCUCUAUAUUAAUUUCCAUACUCAUGCAUGUCGCAAAAAUAGAUGUAGUUGCUGAAGUAGAAAAUGAAAAUAUUUCACAAAAAACACCUGCACUUUAUCAUACUUAUCAAUAUCAAAAAGGAAGGAAACUUGGUGUAAUUAAGCUAAAUGAUCAACUUAUGAAACAGCUUGGAUCUCAGCCAUUACGUGGCAACAUUCAUCCUAGAUUAUUACCUAUGUUAGUUGAGCCUAAACCAUGGAUUUCAUGGGAUUCGGGAGGGUAUUAUUUAAGUAAAUCAAUAGUAAUGAGAUCCCGCGAUUCACCUGAACAAAUAAGCUAUUUAAAGACAGCAUCUGAAAGGAAUAAUUUAAAAUCAAUAUUUGAAGGUUUAGAUGUUCUUGGUUCUACUGCAUGGGCUAUAAACCGACAAGUAUUCGAUGUAGUUAGUGAGGUUUGGAAUUCUGGGCAAGAGUUUGCAGAAAUACCACCUAUUAGCUCGGAAAUAAUUUUUCCACCACAACCUACAAGCAAAGAUCCAGGAGAAAGAAUAUCAUGGCAAGUUACGUGCAAACAGAUUGCAAGAGAUGCUCAAAACAAACAGUCUAUAAGAUGUGAUAUCAACUAUAAAUUAGAAAUAGCUAGAGCUUUUCUUCAUGAAAAAAUGUAUUUUCCUCAUAAUUUGGAUUUUCGAGGAAGAGCUUAUCCUAUACCACCACACUUUAAUCAUCUUGGAAAUGAUCUUUGUAGAGGACUAUUAACAUUCCAUGAAGCGAAGGAAAUAGGAGAAUCGGGCCUAAGAUGGCUUAAAAUCCAUUUGGCAAAUGUUUGUGGAUUUGACAAAGAAAGUUUUAUAGAAAGAGAAGCAUUUACUACCGGGAACCUCAAAAAUAUUUUUGAUUCAGCAGAUAAUCCAUUAAAGGGCUCUAGAUGGUGGUUAACAUUUGAUGAUCCUUGGCAAACUUUAGCUGCCUGUUUUGAACUUACAGCAGCACUCCGUUCGUCAGAUCCAUAUAAAUUCAAAUCUCGUCUUCCUGUACAUCAAGAUGGAACAUGCAAUGGACUUCAGCACUAUGCAGCACUAGGAGGAGAUAUUUUAGGUGCACGGCAAGUAAAUCUUGAGCCCAGUAAUCGACCAUAUGAUGUAUAUACUAAAGUAGCAGAAUUAGUAAAUGAGCAAGUAGAAAAAGACGCAAAAGAAAAUAAUCAUUUAGCUGUUCUCUUACAAGGAAGAAUUACACGUAAAAUUGUCAAACAGACUGUUAUGACAAACGUUUAUGGAGUCACUUAUGUUGGAGCUCGUAAUCAAAUUCUUAAUCAAUUAAAGAAUAUAAACGAUCUUCCAAGAGGAAUGUUAUUUAAUCUUGCAUCUUAUUUAGCAAAAACGAUAUUUUCAUCUCUUAAAUCAAUGUUUACAGGAGCACAUAAAAUACAAGAAUGGCUUAAUGAAGCUGCUAAAAGAAUAUCAAAAUCAGUAAAUACAUCUCUCUCUGAUGAUAUAAAUCAUAUGACAAGUGUAAUUUGGACAUCUCCUCUCAAUUUACCUAUUGUUCAACCAUAUCGAAAAUUAUCUAAAAAGCAAAUCAAAACUAAUCUUCAAUCUAUUUUCAUUACAGAUCCUAAUAACAUAAAUCCUGUUGAUACUCGAAAACAGCAAACAGCAUUUCCUCCAAAUUUCAUUCAUUCACUUGAUGCAACUCACAUGCUAAUGUCAGCCGUUUCGUGUAAAAAUGCGGGCCUUACUUUUGCAUCUGUUCAUGAUUCCUAUUGGACUCAUGCUGCUGAUAUUGACAAUAUGAAUGUGAUUCUUAGGGAAACAUUUGUUAAGUUACAUGAAGAAAACAUUAUGGAAAAUUUAUUAAAUGAAUUUCGUGAAAGAUAUAAAGGUUAUAAAACAUUAAUUAGUAUUUCAAAGAGUAGUAAAGAAGGGAAAAAAAUACUUUCUGCUAGAAAAAAAAAAUUACAAGAAACAAAUAAAAUAUCAUUAAUCAACAAUGGUAAUAAAUCAGAAACAUAUGAGAAUUUAUCAACAGAAAAUACAUGUAUAGCAAAUAAUGAAAAAAAUACGGCUAAUUUAUUAGAUUUUACAUCAAAAAAAACGGAUUAUUUAAAUCUUGAGAAUUCAGAUUCUGCUUUAAAAGAAAAGGACAAGAGUACAAUAGAAACAAAAACUGAAAAUAAAGAAAGAAAGAGAGACUUAAUACAUGUAUGGGUAGAUCUAGAAUUUCCCCCAUUACCAAAAAAGGGAAGCUUCGAUGUUAGAAACUUAAGAAAUAGUAAAUACUUUUUUUCUUAAGAAUAAUAGGAUACAACAAAAGCAAAACAAGACAGAUCUUUGAC